AUGUCGCUACUGAUCAAAUUCGAGUCGAAAUCAGCACGAGUCAAAGGCAUAUCGUUUCAUCCAACACGACCAUGGGUUUUGGCGUCGUUACACAGCGGUGUGAUCCAACUAUGGGACUAUCGAAUGUGUGUGUUACUCGACAAAUUUGACGAACAUGAUGGUCCCGUAAGAGGAAUAUGUUUCCAUCAAGAUCAGCCAAUCUUCGUUUCUGGAGGAGAUGAUUACAAGAUAAAGGUGUGGAAUUACAAGCAGCGCCGUUGCAUUUUUACUCUUCUCGGUCAUCUGGACUAUAUUCGGUCAACAUUUUUCCAUCACAAGUAUCCAUGGAUCAUUUCAUCUUCAGAUGAUCAGACCGUUCGCAUUUGGAAUUGGCAGUCGAGAAAUUCGAUUGCAAUUUUAACUGGACAUAAUCACUAUGUUAUGUGUGCACAAUUUCACCCUUCUGAAGACCUCGUAGCAUCCGCCUCACUUGAUCAGACUGUUCGCAUUUGGGACAUAUCCGGCUUACGAAAGAAACAGCUACCUGGUGGCGGUGGCAGUGUCCCUAGAUCGGGAACAGGACCGCAAUCGCAGGCUGAUUUGUUUGGACAGCCUGAUGUCGUCGUAAAGCAUGUUUUAGAAGGCCAUGACAGAGGUGUAAACUGGGUGGCUUUCCAUCACACUAUGCCCAUUCUUGUGUCGGGAUCCGAUGAUCGCUUAGUCAAACUGUGGAGAUAUAACGAGUCGAAAGCGUGGGAGGUGGAUAGCUGCCGCGGCCAUUACAAUAAUGUGUCUUCUGUUCUUUUCCACCCAAAAGCUGAGCUGAUUCUCUCUAAUUCCGAAGAUAAGUCCAUUCGAGUGUGGGAUUUGCAAAAGAGGACCAGUCUGCACGUUUUCAGACACGAGAACGAGCGAUUCUGGGUGCUGUCUGCUCAUCCGAAUCUCAAUAUGUUCGCUGCUGGUCAUGAUAACGGCAUGAUUGUCUUCAAAAUUCAACGUGAAAGACCUGCCUACUGCAUCGCCGAGAAUCUCGCUUUCUAUGUCAAGGACAAGCAACUGCGACGUCUUGAUCUCACCACCAAUAAAGACCAAGGGACAUGCAAGCUGCGUGCGGCUGCUGCCUUUAUGCAACCCUAUUAUGCGCUGACGUACAAUCCUGCCGAGAACGCCUUUUUACUCACUAGUCGCUCUCACAACAAGGAACAAUGCUUCUACGACAUAUAUAGGGUGCCUAAAGAUUCUGACGGAAACACUGAAGCACCAGUGAAUCGGUCGCCAGGAAUCGCUGCUGUCUGGGUAGCUCGCAAUAGAUAUGCUGUCCUGGAUAAGAAUCAGCAGAUUUCUCUACGUGAUCUAUCGAACAAAGAAGUACGCAAGAUCGAAAUGAAUAUUCCCAUUGACGAUUUAUUCUAUGCUGGAACAGGUGUGAUUCUGUUGAGAAAUGAAGAAGGUCUACAAUUGUUUGACGUUCAACAGAAAAGAGUCAUGGCACAUGUUAAAGCUAGUAAGGUGCGGUACGUAAUCUGGUCCAAAAAUAUGGAGUAUGGAGCAUUACUUUCCAAACAUACUCUCACGCUUAUCAAUCGGAAGCUAGAGGUGUUGUGCUCCCAACAAGAGUCCACACGUGUGAAAAGUGGUGCUUGGGACGAUGACGGCGUUUUCUUGUACACUACUAGUAAUCAUAUCAAGUACGCUCUGACGGCUGGGGAUUGCGGUAUCGUUCGUACCCUCGACUUACCAUUGUAUUUGCUAGCUGUACGCGGUAGUACUUUGUACUGUUUAAAUAGAGAGGCAACGCCUGUCGAGGUGCCGAUCGAUCCGACCGAGUAUCGAUUUAAAUUGGCGCUGAUUAAUCGACGCAUUGACGAGGUGUUGAAUAUGGUGAAAAGCUCAACAUUAGUCGGUCAGUCGAUUAUUAGUUACCUGGAAAAGAAGGGUUAUCCAGAAAUUGCGCUGCAUUUUGUCAAGGACGAGCGAACCCGUUUCGGGCUUGCUCUUGAGUGCGGAAAUCUUGAUGUUGCUCUCGAGGCAGCUAAGAUUUGCGAUGACAAAGCCAUAUGGGAGGCUUUGGGUGAAGCAGCUCUGAUCCAAGGUAAUCACCAAGUGGUAGAAAUGGCUUACCAAAGGACAAAGAACUUCGAGAAGCUGUCAUUCUUGUACCUUGUUACGGGCAACAGUGAAAAAUUAUCGAAGAUGAUGAAGAUCGCUCAGAUGAGGAAUGAUGCUCAUGGUCAUUACCAAACAGCUCUUUACCUUGGCGACAUCGAGGAGAGGAUCAAAGUCCUGAAAGGUGUUGGACAGACAUCGCUUGCCUAUUUGACUGCUGCAACUCAUGGCCAUGAGGAAGAGGCGAAUCUUUUGCGAGCUGAGCUAGAAUCGAAGGGGCAGACUAUUCCUCCUAUUGAUCCCAACGCAAAACUUCUGGUCCCACCUCCACCCAUUUGCAAGUUGGAAGAGAACUGGCCUCUUCUUGCCACUGCACGAGGUCCGUUCGAACUGCUUGGUCUUGUACCUCCCAGCAAAGCGGGUACCGGAGUCUCCCAGAAACCGGCCGCUGCUGCGUUUGCCGUUGCAGAUGAUCUUGAGAUGGAGGAAGGUGCUGCAUGGGGAGAGGAAGGGGAUUAUCUGGUUGGUGAGGAUGGAGAAAUUGAAGUUGACGAUGAUGAUAUCCUUGCUGGAACUGCUGAAGAAGGCGAAGAAGGCUGGGAUGUCGAAGACGAUCUGGCGAUUCCUGACAUACCUGUUGGAGCUGGAUCCGAUGAUGUUGUGGUACCGAAUCGUGCUCAGCCUCCCUCAUCACAUUGGCCAGCCAACAGCCGUCUUGUGGCUGAUCAUGUUGCUGCAGGAUCGUUUGAAUCCGCGCUUCGUCUACUUCAUGAUCAACUCGGUGUCGUUUACAAGAAGCCCUUCAAAGAGGUUUUCAUGGCGACCUAUGCUUGCUCACGCGUUUCAUUUACUGCAUUGCCAAACACCAAGGUGCUUUUCGGUUACCCACUGAGAAAUUGGCAAGAGGCCUCUGGAAAAAGCGGCCUGCCAGCAGUAGCUGUAACUCUGGCAGAUUUGGCUGCACGGCUACAAGGAUGCUACCAUUUGACAACUGCUGGUAAAUUCGCCGAUGCCAUCGACAAGCUCCGCAAAAUUCUUCUAUUUGUACCGAUGCUUGUCGUCAACUCAAAGCAGGAGGUAGCCGAAGCAGAACAGCUCAUUGAGAUUUGUAGAAAUUAUCUGGUGGGACUGCUUAUGGAGAUGGCAAGAAAGGAAAUUCCGAAGAGCACGCCGGCUGAUUUGAAACGGAAUGCCGAGAUGUUGGCGUACUUUACACAUUGUGAACUACAGCCAGUUCAUCGGAUUCUCACGUUAAGAACCGCCAUAAAUGCUUUCUUCAAGUUGAAGCAGAUGCGAACAUGUGCAUCAAUGUGCAAACGGCUUUUGGAACUUGGUCCAAAGCCCGAUGUAGCAGCUCAGGUUAGAAAGGUGUUAGCAGCAGCCGAACAGGACAAUAAGGAUCCCAACCAGUUGGCCUACGACGAGCACAAUCCAUUCGUUGUCUGUUCACGUAACUUUGUACCAUUAUACCGUGGAAAACCUCAGUGCAAAUGCCCAUUCUGUGGAGCGUCGUUCUCUGUUGGUUUGGAGGGUACCGUAUGUGAUGUGUGUCAGGUAGCAGAAAUUGGAAAGGAUGUCAUCGGGCUCCGGAUUUCUACACUCCAAAAAUAA